AUGGCCGACUACAUCGCCGGCGUCUCCGAGAUGCCAAUACUGGCAACCACGAUGAAUUCGCACGACUCCCAUCCGUCAUUAGGACACCUGACGCUGCUCGUCUUCGAGGCCGUCAUGGAAGUCGUCUGUGUCAGCUUGCCGGGAUACAUUAUCGCCCGGCUCGGCCAUUUUGACGCAGACAAGCAAAAGUUCCUCGCGAACCUGAAUGUCAUGCUUUUUACACCCUGUCUGAUUUUCACAAAGCUUGCAUCACAGCUCGAUGCCGACAAAUUCAGCGAACUGGGCAUCAUCCCCGUUAUCUUUGUCGUGAUGACCAUUGUGUCGUAUUGUGUAUCCGUCACCGUGUCUAAGCUUUUCGGGUUCAACAAGCGCGCCUCCAACUUUGUGACUGCUAUGGGCGUGUUUGGCAACUCCAAUUCGCUCCCUAUCUCGCUGGUGCUCUCUCUGUCUCAGACGCUGAAAGGCCUUCACUGGGACAAGAUUCCCGGCGACAACGACGACGAGGUUGGCGCUCGUGGCAUCCUGUACCUGAUGAUCUUUCAGCAGCUUGGCCAGCUUGUGCGGUGGAGCUGGGGAUACCACGUUCUCCUGGCUCCCAAGUCCAAGUACGAGGAGUACGCCCAGGCCACAGCCGAGGAAGGCCGCUACCGCGACUCGAUCGACUCGGACACCGCAGUUGACGGCCGCCCAACGCUGCUUAUCAACGACAGCACGAACACCGGGGAGGAAGACGUUCCCGAUAGCCCCACCAGCGACACAUUCUCGUUCGAACCAUCCGGUCGGACGCCGGUAGCUCCGCGCUCGCGCGCCUCCAUUUCCGAGACAGAUGCAGACGACGACGACACUCACAGCCAGAGUCAGUUCUCAACGAGGAAGCGGAGUCCCCGAUACAAUGGCCACGGCCUCCCCGACGGCAUCAUGUCCUUCCCGCGCAUCCACAGCGUCACCGAUGCAGACACUCCGUCGGGCAUGCACGGCCUCCAUGCACGGCUCCUGCGCCGUGGCCAGAAAGCAUCCGAGGACAUGGCGAGCAGGCUGAACACGACGUUUGAAUCUCUGCCUCCCUCUGUGCAGACAGUGCUGCAGGCGAUCCAGCAGAUCUGGCUUCGUGUCUAUAACUUCCUCUGGGACUUUAUGAACCCGCCCCUGUGGGCCAUGCUCAUUGCGGUUGUGGUUGCCUCAUUCCCGAGCCUGAAGCAGCUUUUCUUUGCCGAGGGGUCGUUUUUCAAGAACAGCGUGACGAGCGCCGUGUCGCAGAGUGCCGGCGUGGCCGUGCCUAUCAUCCUGGUGGUUCUCGGCGCCAAUCUGGCGCGCAACACGCAGAACCCGACGAGCAACGACGCGGAGGAGGCCCAGAUUGGGAAGAAGCUGCUUAUCGCCUCGCUGAUCAGCCGCAUGCUGCUGCCGACCCUGAUCAUGGCGCCGAUCCUGGCUCUGUUUGCCAAAUACGUGCCGAUUUCUAUCCUGGACGACCCGAUCUUUGUCAUCGUCUGCUUCCUGCUGACAGGUGCGCCGAGCGCUCUGCAAUUGGCGCAGAUCUGCCAGAUCAACGGCGUGUACGAACAGACCAUGUCCAAGGUGCUCUUCCAGAGCUACGUCAUCUGGAUCCUGCCGUCGACGCUGAUUCUGGUGCUGUGUGCGCUGGAAGUGGUGGAAUGGGCGAGAUGA